AAGAAAGUAUUCAGGAUAUUUGGGAAAGGUACAGUGAUGUUUUAAUGGACUAUCAGAUCGAUUUCUCAUUAUUGAUAUGGCAACGUCAAGUAAAGGAAAAUCAUCGCUAACGAGAGAACGUUAUGACAAGUCUAACAGAAGCUAUGUGGUCUUUGUUGGUUCCCUGCUCAUUCAUUUCAUAGCCAUGGCAAUGCCUUCUGCGAUGCUGGGGAUCGUCUAUGUUGACGUCAUCAGAGAAUUUAAAGCAGAUGCCUCAUGGGCGGCCUUAAUGCAGUCGUUGUAUCGCGGGAUCGUCUUUGGAGGAGGAGUGGUAGCGGAACUUGUUAUCAGACGAGUAGGGGAAUUCCCGUGUAUGAUGGCUGGGUCAUUGUUAGGAAGCCUUAGUUUUCUAGCAGCAGCAUUUGCAGAAAAUGUGACCACAAUUGUUCUUCUCAUUGGAGUUGGUGGAGGAUGCGGAUUUGUGUUUCCAGUAUUCUUGUCUUACGUCAAUGUCAGACGAGCAUUUUAUGGUGAUUCCUCUGCUGCCAAGUUUCUUACAUCUAUUACCAUUGGAGCUGGAAUGGGGUUCUUAGUUACUCCCUACAUGAUUGAGUUUUUCCUCAGGGAAUUUGGAUGGCGAGGAACAUUCAUGAUAGCUGGUGGAAUAUUCUUUCAUCUUGUACUGAUUGGGGUAGCAGUGAAAUUAAAUUUACCGCCAUUAGAGGAUCCCACUGAGUCUAAGGAUUUCAAAUGGAGGGACCAAGUUGCCGUUUUCAAAAAGAGGGGGUUUUCAGUAUACAUGUUCGAUGUUUUUCUCUUCGGCAUGUUUGGUUUUGCUGAGUCAUGGUUUCUUCCGGAUUUCCUCGUCUCAAACAAUUAUACCAAAGAAGAUGCUGUGUUGUUACUUACAGUGAGCGGCGUAUUUAAUCUGGCUGGACGAAUACUCGCGGUACCUCUUUCAUCCUUCUUUAGUCGACCUAAGAUACUGUACCAUUGGAGCUACAUUUGCCUAGCCUUGGCUCUCAGUCAUGCUCUAUACCCAUUUUUCCUUCAGUCCUACCCUGUCCUUAUAGUCGCCUCUGGACUAUACGGCAUUUGCUUCGGAGUACUCUUUUCUCAAGGAGGACCCAUUGUUCUUCAAUCACUCCCCUUGGAUCUUUAUCCGAUAGGAAUGGCAACGGACUUAACAUUUUAUGGAGUUUCUUCGGCAUUUGGUGGAUACAUUGGUGGAUUUAUUCGGGAUAUCACAGGUGGAUAUGAUGGUGUCUUUUACGUGGCGUCGAUAUCGUCCAUUAUUUGUUCUUUUGCAUCACUUCUUUUAAUUCCCAUGGACAAACUUUAUAAGAAGAAAGAUGGUGAAAACGUUCACAAAAACCCUUUUUCGAUAAUAUCACACCUGUAAUACCUUAAACUUAAAAUUUUCACAACGCGGUAACAAUACUGACACGACUUGGCUGUAACUACAUUCAGAAAAUAAAAAGAGGUUCCACAA